GACAUUGUUUUGCGACAUACACGUGCUUCAUUUUGCUCGUAAUCUUCCGCAUACUAAAGUAUUCUCCGAUUACGUAUUACGCUAUCGCUUUGCAAAAGACAUUAAUUAAGUGAUCGAUAAGAUUUUAAUCGGCAAAAUUUCACAAAAACCAUACAUAGCUCUUAUAUAUAGCUCUCUACAAAUAAAAUGUUUUUAAUUUGAAAGCGACAAAAUGUGUGAAGGCUAGUUUAAAACUUUUUAAUUUUUCUUAGAAUUUUGGGAAUUUUCGAUUUCGCAGCGAUUUCUUGCCAAUUUUUUUCAAUUUAUCGAUCUUUUACAAAAAUACUUGAUAGCAAAUGAAUAAAAUUUUCUAAUCAAUUUUUGUGAUUUGAUUGCUUCCCGAAUUACACGAUGAAUUCUAUUCUUCAUUUAUUUAUAUGUGAAGGAAUACUUUUAUCAAUCUUUUUUAAUCGUAUUUUUUUAUUGAAGUUUCUAGAAAUAUGUGCUGACUUGAUUUUAAGAAAAGAAACGAAGAAACUCUCAAUCGUGCAUCUAUUAUUAAAAAAGUCAUAACAUAAUAUGAGAUGAGCGAAGAUAAAAAAAGUUUCUUUAAGAUGCCUUAUCCACGAUGGAAUCCUGCAAGCUCUUGGCAUCCUGUUACGAUUAAUGUUGAAUCGCCCAAGAAUAGCCUGCGUAGGUUCGAUCCUAUAAAGAGCGACGUGGUGGCACCUGAAAUGCUGGCGACUGUUGUACCCCCGUCGCAGACCUUCAACCCUUCUACUGAUAGUCUGCAUGCAUCGAUAAGGCCGAUCAUUAUGUUGGCCCAAUGUUUUUCCAUGUUUCCAGUGUGCGGUGUCAAUAAAUCGGACGCUUCGUAUCUCCGAUUUACAUGGCGAAGUCCGAAGGUUCUCUAUACGAUAACUGUUUUCCUGGCAGUGUUCUUCGUGUCGGUUUAUAAUGUUUUGUGGUUGCUCUCAGGGAUAAAUUCUACCAAAAUGAGUAAGUCAAUAACAACAUUUGUUUUCUACAUUACGAGCCUUGUGACUGCAGUCUUGUUUGUACGAUUGGCAUGCCAGUGGCCAUGCUUGGCGUUAACUUGGGAGAAACUUGAACGCGAACUCACUUCCAGAUAUCGAAAAAUUUCGAAGACCACUCUCGCAACUCGUUUCAAAAUCGUAACUCUUGUUGUCAUGUUGCUUGCAUUAGUGGAACACAGCGCUUCUGUGGUUUCUGCAUACAUCAAUGCGAUAGAAUGUGCAAACCUUCGCGGCGAUACAGAUAUUAUCGGUAUUUACUUUCAAACACAAUUCCCUCAGAUCUUCUCCAAAACGUCCUACAAUCUCUGGAAGGGAAUUAUAGUCGAAAGUAUAAAUAUCCUCAGUACAUUUUCAUGGAACUUCGUCGAUCUAUUCCUUAUUCUAAUUAGUAUAGCUCUGGCGGAUCAAUUCAGACAAUUGAAUAGUCGUCUCUAUUCGAUAAGGGGAAAGGCGAUGCCGGAGUGGUGGUGGGCUGAAGCAAGGAAUGACUAUAAUCACUUGGCGACUUUGACACGCAAAGUGGAUUCUCACAUUUCGUGCAUCGUGCUUCUGUCCUUCGCUACCGACUUAUAUUUUAUCUGCAUCCAACUGCUGUUUUCCUUCAACCCAAUACGCGGUGUCGUGUCGAAAAUCUACUAUUGUUACUCUUUCGGCUUUUUACUAGCAAGAACAAUGGCGGUGUCUUUAUAUGUGGCUUCUAUUCAUGACGAGUCUCUUUUGCCAGCACCGAUCUUGUACAGUGUCUCUAGUUCUUGUUAUAGCAACGAGAUCUCUAGAUUUUUGACGCAAGUAACGACAGAUAAUAUAAGUUUGACGGGAAUGAAGUUCUUUUCCGUAACGAGAAGUCUCGUGCUAACCGUCGCUGGAACUAUCGUGACUUACGAACUAGUUCUAGUGCAAUUUAAUGCCGCUCAGCAAGUGGACCAAUCGAAUAUUACGAACAGUUGCGAGAUGAAGUAAAGAGGUUUUUUUAAAAAAAGAUUUAUAAGGAUUUCGACCAUCUAUACGCAAGUCUUGUGAAGAAUGUCGUGCAAUAAACAUAUUUUAUGGAGUCUUGUAAAUACAACUCUUCUAAGCUUGCUUUUUCUAUACUUUACAACUUUUGCAUCAAAUAUAACUAAAAUUACAUUCUGGAGAAAAGCAAACUGGAUGUUUCAUCAGCAUUCAAACAAAUUGUCACAAAACGAUAGGUAAUGUUGUUACACAUUAUUCUAUCUAAAUAUGGAGAACACAUCGUCAUCUGCAAAAAUGGGUGAAAAUUAUAUAUGUAUAUGUAUUUUAUAGUAUGUUUUAAUACGACUGUGAAAUCUAACAUAGUAAUAAUCUAUAUUAUUAUUUUUACUAUUUGAUUGAUAUUAAUUGCAAUAAUUUUUUAAACAUUGCAUAUGAACAAUUAAUCAUACACACACGGCGACGUAAAAACAGCACUUAAAAAUUUUCUACAACAAAUAUUGUUUGAAUAAUUCUAAUAGAAACAAUUUUUUCUACAUAAUUAUAUUUAUAUAGAAAUAAUUGAUUGAAUAAGGAAAUUUUAUAAAAUUUAAAUAUCAAAAAAUUUUAAGCAUAUUUAAUUAUUAACUUACCUAAAUAUUAGUGUUAUAAAAGCUAAUAUAAAAAAGAGAGGUAUAUUUUACCUUGGCUUUUACAUUUAAAUAAUAAUUUAUGAGAAUUAUUAAUUAUUUAUAUUACAUAAUGUAUUGCGCAAAAUCUAUUAAAAUAAUGUGUAAUUA